AUCACCCUCACUGGAGGUCCUGCGUCCACGAAAUCCCUUCCCCCCCGGGACGCCCCCACCACGACCGAGUAUAUCAUUCAACCGUGUUUAGAGCUCUCGAGUUAGCAGCGAGUUUAUUCUUGAAACUGCUGUAAAGGAAACCACCUAUACGAAAGUAGUUCAGGAGAACACCAGUAGUUGAUCUGCUCUUCCAUUCUGCAUUGACAUCAUUCUGUGCCUUUUGUCGUGAGCCUUUACUUUAUUGUCCAAAUGGAGUAUGCCUGGUACUGGCAGGAUGAACAUGGAGAGUGGAUUGAAUAUGGGCAACCGAAAUCGAAUCAUAGCGCUGCCACAAUAACUUCUGAGGAACUCGAAGAGGCCUUCCUAAAUAAUCAGAAAAAAAUGGUAUUAUUUAAAGCCGGUUCUCAGUAUUACGAAUUAAACUUUCAAGAUAUGUUCCAGAGAAAUCUGCAUUAUCAAACUCAAAGAAAAGUCUGCAGGUGGCCAAAGUUUGUGUCAUCUGGACAUAGCAACAAAGGAUGGAGAAGGCAAUCAAGGACUGCAGCUCCAGGUUGCCCGUUUCCUCCAGACUGGGACCUCUCAGCUCUGCCUGACGUAGGAUACAAGCUGGUAGAUGUCAGUAGUACUGCGAGUGAAUACAUGCGAAUCAAGGACCUAUUUGAGAAGACAAUGCAAUGUUAUUAUAUCCACAAACUGCAGAGGAUUCAGAACCCAUCACUGUGGCAAGUUUUCCAGUGGCAAAAGGAGCAGAUGAAGAAGAUCAACAGACAGGAGGAUGUAGAUGAGAGGCUCUUGUUCCAUGGAACAAAUACUUCCCAUUUGCAUGCAAUUUGUGAGCAGAACUUUGACUGGAGAAUCUGUGGGGCUCAUGGAACAGCCUAUGGAAAAGGAAGCUACUUUGCCAAAGAUGCUCAUUAUUCCCAUGGAUAUUGCGACCCAAACAGUAGCCACAAGACCAUGUUUGUAGCUCAAGUGCUAGUGGGAGACUUUGUUCAAGGAAGUACAGAGUACCUGCGGCCUCCUUCCAAGCCAAACAAACCAAACCACUUUUAUAACAGCUGUGUUGACAAUUCAGAGUGUCCCUCGGUUUUUGUCAUUUUUGAGAAGCAUCAGAUUUAUCCAGCCUAUAUAAUAGAAUAUGUUGAAAGGAGCAGUUGUGUGAUCUUGUAAGGGACAGCAGUGGUUUAUCUAAAUGGCAACACUGACAUGAUUUUACACGUUUCACAUUUUUAAGAAUAUAGACUAUAUUUUAGUAGAUUGUUGUGACAGACUCUUUUUUUGGAUGUUUAAAAAAAAACUUGAUUUGCAACCAAAUGGAAGCAGCCAACCUCAAAAGAGUGAAGUCUUGGUAUGUGGCUAAUUACACAUGACUAAUACAGCACCGGCUCUCAGCUAUGUUGGUGGGUUAGAGAGAGAUGUAGGUGACGAAUGCAGGGGAGAGCACGUGCCCCACUGUCGUGCAACUGAGUAUCACAAACUGGAAAAGACUCCUAACAUGCAGCAGAGAUGAUGCUAGUCUUUCCUGCCUCCAGAAAAAGACUAGCACCUACACUUGUUAUACAUCGAGCCACAGCCAUUGGUGCAUAUGUAGGUCUGCUCAAAGGAGAAACAAAACAUGCAUUAACUUCUUACUUCAUUGAAGUUCUAUAUUGGGAAGUUUUUACCAUGUGUUUUUUCUUCUCACCCUUGCUGUUCUAGUUAGGUCAGGAUUCCUCCCAUAAGAAGAAACAUGCACCAUCCAUAGGCCAAUUUCCAGGACAUCUGAGUCCUAAAAACAGAUUAGAAUAACAGACGACAGCACUAUUCUGUCCCAGAAGACUGGAAGAUUUGUUGGUGUUUCCUUGAACUGAGGCAAGUGGUGGCAUCUGCGACUGUGUCAGGAGCAGAUGUCAGAUUUGUGACAUUGUUCACAUCCCAGGGAUGGCCAGAAGCUGAACCACUGUUUCCUUGAAAUCUUUACUCCAAUUCAUUUCUACCAUUGACAGAGACUGUCCUUUUUAAGAACACUAUCCACUCUUUUGAAUGGAAAAGCCAAGUUGUUCUAUAACAACUAACAAUGUAGCUGGCACAAUUACUUUUUCUAUUGAUCGAGGAGAAUCCUUAGAAAGGAUUCGAGCCUGAGACCAAAAGGAUUCAUGACUUCAUGGCCUGUUUCAAUAUUCAGUGCUCAAAAGCUUAAUUUGGAAUAGCACCAAAGAUUGGAUUCGGUAACAUAAUUCCAAUUAUAUCCUUUAUACUAUAAUUUUUUGUUCUUGGUUUGAGAAGACCAAAGAACUGUAGUUUGGUUUAGUCUGUUUUUUAAAAUUUUUUCCUUUUUAUUUUAUUUUUUUUUCUUCUUCUAAUCCUUGCCCUACCCCUUUUUUAUCUUCUCCUCUUUUUUUAUCUUUUAACUUUCAUAACAGAAUAACAGACAACUGCUUUUUGGUUUGACAUGGAGGCCAGGAUGGUUCCCUCCCUCAUCCUUCCAAUCAUUUCAUUUUAGGUUAGAAGGACCACAAAUAUUUAAGUUGGAAACCCAAUGACUCCUAAUCAUAAUUGCAUGCAAUAAAACACCACUAAGAUGGUAAAGCCAAGUCCUUGAAAACCAGGAGAAGUCAAAAUUACUGGUUACAUAGACAACUUGGCCAAAUUUUGGGCAGUUCCAUAGUCCAUCCCUGCUGUUGAACUGAAAAUGUAUGCAAAGUAGUAAGCAAUUUGCAUGCAUAUUUUAAACAGCUGCAUGAAAUUUGGCAGCUAUGAACAGGGAGAAUAUUUACUCUGUAUAUAAGAGGCAAUAGACAAAUUAGGGAAAUUUUCUUUUUUUUAAUUUAUAAAAUCUACUGCUAAACUUGCUUAUUGCAGAGGGCUUUUUAAAAUAAACAAAUAUCAAGUUAUAAAACCAAAUGUGACCCUCACGAACUAGUCAGUUUACUCUUUAAAACUACUAUAAUGGGAGAUGACUGCAUGUAUGGUUUGUCCAGUCUUCAUCCUCUUCCCUCCCAGAACAGAUUUACAAUUCCCAGCAAGUACAGUUGUUGUGUUGAGUGGAACUACUCAUGAGCAGGGAUCCUGGUUUUCUCUGACUUAAAGAAUACCCAAUUUUUUAUUUUAUUUGUUUAUUUUUUUUAACUGAAAAGUAACCCCAACCCCACACUUUUCUUUGAUGUAAAUGAAACAACACUGAUCUAUACCAGGAUCCCUGCUCAUGAGUAAUUACUUGCAUAAGGGUCCAAUCCUGGAAAUCUUUGGUUUCUGAUCUGGCAAACAUGCAUGCUCUUGCUUAACUGUACAACUAGGAGCAGCCCUAGUAAAAUCAAUGGGUGCACCCCCACAUGCAAGCACAUGCGCUCGCAGCAGCUCAAAUAGAAGUGGUGCAAAUUUGAGCUGGGGCUUUCUGCCUCAGCGCACAGGCCCGGAUGUGCACUUUGUUGUGGAGCAAAUUGUGGCACUUGGGGCAAAAUAACCCAGCCUGGCUUCUCCUGGAUCUGCACCUAGGGGGAGCUAGAGCCUGUGGUGGCCCCAGCAGUAUAAAAACAUUCCCUGGCCAGCAGCUUGGGACUACUUGUCCUCAGGAGUUUCUGAGGCCCAGUCACUCGGUGUCUGUGGACACUAGCCCCUUGUGUCAGCUAGACUGCUGAAGCACCAUCCCAAAUUCACUUUUUAAAAUACCCCCAAAUCUACAGUCUUCCACAAUUAGAACAAAAGGGUGGGGGGGAUUGAUCAG